CAUUCGUUCAAUGCAUUGGAAGCUCAAGGAAUGUGUGACCACAUCACUGACAUGCUAUGCUGCAUGUCUGUCUGUAAACGUCAUCAGCAUCACUCAGAAGCCAUUGGAUGAAUUAAUCAUGUGUCAGUCAGAAGCUGACGGACUUAUCAAUUAUACACACGGAUAAAAAGACCGUAACCGACAGACACGUAAAGCAGCAAAAGGGGGAUGCACUGCACCCACCCCGCCAGCCAGCCCUUCAUUCCGCCUGCCUGACAUCACCAGGCCCACCCCACCCCACCAUACAUCUACGGCUGUCUCAGCAACCUUCAUGGGCCGCUGAGUGACCAUCUGACAUGACACACACGGCCGGACAGACAGACACUCAAGGCACGUCGUGGGUUGUGGUGUGUGGGAUGUGUGUCGUACCUAUGUGGCGGCACUGCGGCGCUCGACACACAGCCCUUGGCCAUCGAGGCUGAGCUUGUAGGGCCCGCCGCUGAGGAGGCUGAUGCCGGCCUGCUGGGCUAUGAAGCGCCGCUGGAAGUCGGUGCGCGUGUCAGCCUCAGUCAAACCCACAUAUGUCUUCUUGUGACCCUGUCCGUCAGCCAAGAGGACGAAUGGCGUAGCCACACUGCCUGACAGCUGUGUGUGUGUGUGUGUGUCUAUGUGGUGUAUUGCGUUGCGUUACCUUGAGCUCGUCCGUGAAGGACGUGAUCGUGGCCAUCACGUUACUGUAAAAGGUUUCAUAGUGGUCAUCCUCUACACCGCCUACAGUGAAUGAACACACACAGACGCCAUGACUGCUGGUUGUCCCCUGCGCCCCCACCCCCUCACUGAGCACGGUGAUCGUCACUUCCUCGACCGGCGGCAAGUUGUCGUUGCUGCGACGCCCCCACAGACACGGGAUCCGGUUGUUGUGCACGGGCUCGACGAAUGCACUCGCCGACAGAUACCACUGGACUGAAAGGCUCCUCUCCCGCCCCCUGCUGCUGACCAGCGCCGCCUGCAGCCGCUCGAGGAACCGCCACACCUCACCAACAGGUCCAUCCAGCUCCACGGCGUCCUCCCCAUCUCCUACCUUGACGCACGACAGCCUCAGCAUGUGCGAGGCGAUCUCGAGGGCGCGUUUCACGUUGCCCUCAUCGUCGAGGGCACCGUCCAUCAGCUGCAGGGUGUGGGCGGCGGGGAAUGUGUCGUCACUGAUGACUGCAGGGAUGGCCUCGUCCUCUCCAAUGUAAGCCACCGUGCCGGCUCUUUUGGCGAAAUCUCCGAUGAGUCGCCAAAUGCCGGGGCCGCCGUUGCUGCGCGAGAGGAGCUCCGCGUCGAUCCGUCCACACGUGCCGUCGUCAGUGAGUGCGAAGACGCCCUUCUCCACUGCUUCGGGAUGAGCAAUGGCGUCACUGAUCGAAGGCAAAGCACAGGACUGAAUGGCACCGUCUCUCUGCAGCCUCUCUCUCUCUCUCUCUGUCCCUCUCUCUGUUGUGUCCUUACAUGAGCUGCGCAACGCUCUGGCACCGCUCCACAGGCUCGUCACUGCCCAUUCACCUCAUGUCGAUCUCGAGCUCGCGAAUGGACUGCCUUACGCCCCUCGCCACCAUCACCUCACGGAGCUUGUCGAUCCCGAUGGCGCCGCUGCAAUCCAUCUGGACGCCCCGGAGUGUGCGAAGGGCCUUCAGCGACUUCCCGUCGGCGGGCAGCCCACUCAGCGCAUUGGCCGCCGUACUGGCGUCCCGUCCGUUGAGCUGCAGCAGUUCAAGAGCUCCGCAGUCAGCCAGCCAAGUCCUUCCGCCCUUCACCCAACUAGCCGCCCAACUGUCCCUGGUGAUAAGCGUCUUGACGGCAGGUGUGUGCCACUGGCGGUCCACACGCGCCAGCAGGCACUCGUGGGCUAUGUUGCGGACUGUCUUGAGUGCCGGCAGGUGAAUGGGGGCGGGGGGGGCGGGGGGCGGAGCUCGUGAGGGGGGAGGGUAGGGGAUUACAAUGCUGUCGUCGAGCUCGACGGCCUCGAAUGACAGCACCUCCAAUGUGCCCUGAGGCUCGUCAGCCGAUCUGGGGUCGUCACCAUCUCGCAUCGCCGCAGCGUCAGCUGUCCCCUCCCCUCCCUCCCUCUCCCGUCUCUUCCCUGCGAUGGCCGCCCGCUGGAUGGCGUGACCCUCCACUAAUGCCACCCAGGUCCCGCGACACCAUCCAUCUGGGAUGAGGGUCCAUGGUAGCGAGAAUUGGGGAGAGGUCCAUGGGUGGCGGUGCCUGAUCUCUCGCACGUUGGUCGCUCUCUCGCCCCAGUUGUGCGCCACGGCCAGCGGCAU